AUGGACGUCCCCAUCUCAUCCAUCAAACCCAUCUACCACCCAUCUCCCACCACCCCCACCCCCAAAUCUAAGUCCAUCCAGACAACCAUCCAAACCCUCAAUCUCCAACCUCACCCGGAAGGAGGCUACUACACUGAAACAGACCGUCAGCCGCUCCGCAUCCCCAAUCCUCACAGCACAGACCCAAGCGACACGCGCUCCCUCUCAACCACAAUCUACUACUAUCUCACCCCAGACUCCCCAACGGGCUCCUUCCACCUCAACCGCAGCUGCACGGUUCACAGUCUCCAUCGCGGCAGGGGGCGGUACGUCAUUAUCCACGCGGACUUGGCGACGGAUGAUGGCCGGGCACCUGUGACAUCGUUUGUGGUCGGUCCGAACCUGGACAAGGGGGAGACGAUGCAGUGGAUUGUGGAGGGGGGCAAGUACAAAGCUUCUUAUCUGUUGCCUGAUAACCCCUCGGAGAACGGGGACGGGGAGAGCGAAGGGUUGUUGAUUACGGAGACCGUUGUCCCUGGGUUUGAAUUCAAGGAUCACGAGUUCAUGACCCCCCAGACGAUGGAGAGGCUGCUCCCGGAGGAGCAGCGCCAAGCGCUGAGCUGGUUGUUAAAGAAAGAUUGA